GUACGUAAUCACUACCUAGCCAUAUCUAUAGAGGUACUUGAUCAUAUACAAGAGGAUCGCCCUUACAUCGCCCUUACGUACCUAUCUAGGAAUACUUGAGAUAUCAAAAGAGAUAAGAUAUCAGCGUGUCUGUAGAUAUUUGGGCUGGGUGAUAUUUAUUUUACGUCGUCAAUUAAUCCCUCGACUCGAAACUCGAUAAUAAAUAAAUUGUACCUAAAUAUUGUCGCCGCUGAAUUAAGCUUUAUAAUUCAUAGGAUGUGCGUGUAAACUAGCCAGAUAAUCUUGGCCCAACUCCAAUGUAUGCCGAUGAAUCCGGGGUUUCCCAUCUAGACGGGACUACUGAUCCAUGUAGGACCCUCAUGUACCCCAGAACCCCGGAAUCCCAGAUAUGAUAAAGAACAACGUCCAGAAAGACCUAACCGCUUUAGACACGCCAAAUCUAAGCUAUAUAUCUAAGUAGCUGGCGCUCAUUCUAACCGCCUUGCGUCGUUAGAAGCCCGGUCAUGACCCUCCCUUUGUCCUUUACCAUUGUACUAAUUCAUCAAAUAUUUUAACGCAUACUACUUUGCUUUAUUAUUUCGAAAUCCACUAUGGGGGAUAUAGAGUCUAAAACUGAUUCUCCCGACAAACGGAGCCUGAACAUGGUGGCUUCUACUAUGGAAGGCCAGACCGAGAGGGCUGAGCCAGAAGGUAUAAGCGGAACGAAACGUGGACUUAAGUCACGCCAUGUUCAGAUGAUCGGGCUCGGUGGCACCAUUGGCACGGGUCUUUUCAUCGGAACUGGUCAAGGUCUACGCAUGGGGGGACCAGUUGGGCUCUUUGCGGCGUACACUUUUAUGUCCAUAGUCGUAUUCGGAAUCAUCACCGGUACCAGCGAAAUGAGUUCCUACCUACCGGUAGCCGGAUCAUCGAUAUCAUAUUACGCUCGACGGUUCAUGUCGCCCAGUCUAUCUUUCGCCCUUGGAUGGUUAUACUGUUAUAUCUGGACCAUCGCCGUACCGAGCGAAAUAACUGCCGCCGGCCUCGUCGUUCAGUACUGGAACCCACCAGUACAUCCCGCUGUCUGGACCGCCAUUUUCAUCGCCGUCAUAAUCUGCCUCAACUUUACGCCUGUCAAAGUAUACGGGGAGACUGAAUUCUGGUUUGCAUCGUUCAAAAUAUUGGGCAUCGUGGGUCUUCUCUUCAUGGCCGUUAUUCUGGUGGCGGGUGGCGGACCGAAUCAUCACAUCCUUGGUUUCCAAUACUGGACGAAUCCGGGACCGGUCAAUGAAUACCUGGUACCUGGGGCGGCUGGCCAACUUGUGGCAAUCAUAUCGGCGACAACCUUCUCGGUUUAUGCGUUUGCUUAUGCGCCGGAGCUCCUCGUCGUAACUUCAGGGGAAAUGAAAAAUCCAAGAACGAACCUACCGAAAGCCGGAAAACGUUAUAUCUACCGCCUCAUCAUCUUUUAUAUUUUAGGAUCAUUUUUCAUCGGAUUGAUUAUACCGAGCAAUGAUCCGGAACUCCUCGGUGGCAGCUCAGGUGCAGGAGCUUCUCCAUGGGCUUUGGCUGCAAAAAACGCUGGCAUACGAGGAUUGGAUUCUGUUAUAAACUUCGUUAUCCUCACAUCGGCGGUAUCUGCGGGUAACUCAUCUCUCUACCUAUCCAGCAGAACACUAUAUUCUAUGGCUCUCACUGGCGCUGCACCCAAGAUCUUCCUCCGAUGCACUUCAAACGGGAUACCAUACGUGGCAUUAGCUUUCACUUCUCUCUUCAGCUCAUUGGCAUUUCUUAACCUAUCUUCCUCGGGCGCCGACAUUUUCACUUGGUUGGUGAACUUCCUGAAUUCCGGUGCUUUUAUCGGUUGGAUCUGUUGCGCACUACUAUACCUUCGAUUUCGAAAGGCAACAUUCGUCCAAAAUGUUCACGAGCUUCCCUAUAGAUCCAUUUUCCAACCUUAUAUGUCCUGGUUCUGUGCGUCGGUACUUACCCUUCUUUUGCUGUUGAAUGGGCUAUCAACCUUUCUCCCGGGACAGUGGAAUACCCAGGAUUUCAUUUCGGCAUAUAUCGGAAUCCCCGUUUUCUUGGCCUUUUAUCUUGGUCAUAAAUUCACUGUUGGACGUCGGGAUCCUUGGCUCAUUUCACCGCAUGAUGUGGACCUGCACACGGGGUUGGAAGAUAUUAUUGCGAAUGAGAAGCCUGUACCUCAACGGAAAGGUUGGAAGCAUUUCGGUGAUUCGUUGUUUAAUUAGACCAGCCACGAGAACGGUGU